GGGUGAAAGAAAAAAAAAAGGGGGAAAAAGUUGGGUCUGAUUUGCUGGAAUCGCGCAGGACCGAAGGUGCACCGGUCGAUUUCAUAUCAAGUUUGGUGAAAGCAGGGGCGAACAUCACACACUCGGCGCCCUCUGAAGCUCCCCACGAUGCUUUUAUGAACGAGAUCUCAGAGCACCGUGACGCGCACAGAGCCCCAUGUAGUAGAGGAGUACGCAGCAGCAGCAGCAGCAGCAGCAGCAGCAGCAGCUCGCACCGGCUCCGCGAGUAGAAUCUGCAGAAAGUGCACGACAACUUAAAACUCUGCGUAAAAAUCUCCUUUCCACUGCGGAGACGACAAUCUUUGGAUCGCACGAAUUCAUGGAUGUUCUUGGAUAACCUCGCAUUGUUUUUUUUUUACGCGGAUAGCUGCUCCACGGUCUCGCACGGCGCACGUCGGCCCCAGGAAUGGCGCGAUAAAGUGAUCAGAGGAAUCAGUCCAAGUGCAUUCACGUUGUGCGUGUGUGUGUGAGCCGUCUCGUCAUGUAUUCUCCAAUUUGUCUCACUCAGGAUGAAUUUCAUCCCUUCAUCGAGGCACUUCUCCCUCACGUCCGUGCCAUCGCCUACACAUGGUUCAACCUCCAGGCCAGAAAACGCAAGUACUUCAAGAAGCACGAGAAGCGGAUGUCCAAGGACGAGGAGCGCGCGGUGAAAGACGAGCUCCUGAGCGAGAAGCCCGAGGUCAAGCAGAAAUGGGCAUCCAGGCUGCUGGCCAAGCUGCGUAAGGACAUUCGGCAGGAGUACCGGGAGGACUUUGUCCUGAGUGUGACGGGCAAGAAGCACCCGUGCUGCGUGCUGUCCAACCCGGACCAGAAGGGCAAGAUCCGCCGGAUCGACUGUUUGCGGCAGGCCGACAAAGUUUGGCGUCUGGACCUGGUGAUGGUCAUCCUCUUCAAAGGCAUCCCUCUGGAAAGUACAGACGGGGAGCGCCUCGUCAAGUCUCCACAUUGCACCAACCCAGCACUUUGUGUCCAGCCACACCACAUAACAGUAUCGGUCAAGGAGCUGGACUUGUUUCUAGCAUACUAUGUCCAGGACCAAGUCUACUUGGAAGACAGCUUCAUCAAAUCAGGAGUCUUCAGUGUUACAGAACUGGUGCGAGUGUCCAGAAUGCCCAUCACCCACGGUGCAGCGGUAAACUUCUCCAUGGCCGACAUGCCCAGCCAGCCCUACUAUCACGACCUGAACUCCAGCGUGGGGCUGCAUCGCUCCCUGUCCUCCCCGCCCGGCAGCAAAAGGCCCAAAACCGUCAACAUGGACGAGAACAUGGACACCAGCCCGACGGGACCGGACUUCUACUCGUCACCCAGCUCACCAGCCAGCAGUCGGGCCAACUGGCACGAUCGAGACGGAGCAGACAUGUCCUCUCCCACCAUGAAGAAGCCAGAGAAGCCGCUGUUCAGCCCCACCUCCCCGCAGGACUCCUCGCCACGACUCAGCACUUUCCCUCAGCCUCACCACCCGGGCCUAACAGGUGUAGGACACAGUGUUAUAUCGACGAGGAGCCCCCCUCCACACUCGCCCCUGCAGUUCUCGGCCUCGGCCAUCUUGCCUCCGGCCCCGUCGCCCUACUUCUCGCACACCACCAUCCGCUACCCGCCCCACCUCAACCCUGCUGAUCCCCUCAAGAGCUACGUGCCGUCAUACGACCCGUCCAGCCCACAGAGCAGCCAGCCUAACAGCAGUGGUCAGGUGGUAGGAAAGGUCCCAGGCCACUUCACCCCAGUUCUGGCUCCCUCCCCACACCACGGCACGGUGCGACCCGUCUCGCUGUCCAUGCCCGACACUAAGCCCAUCACCACAUCCACAGAAGGCUACUCAGCCCCUGGCACCCCAACGGCUAACCGUUUUGUAGGCCUGAGCCCGAGAGAUCCCGCCUUCCUGCACCAGCAACAGCUGAGGAAGUGUGACUGGAGCGUGACUCAAAACGGCAGGCAUUAUGGCCCCAGUGCCACUGACGACACUUUGGGGAUUACUUGGCAAAGUCCUGGUACCUGGGCGAGCUUAGUUCCAUUCCAAGUGUCGAACGGGACUCCGAUUCUGCCAACAAAUGUCCACCACCAGAACUACAGCAUAAACAUCAUUGGUGAGCCCCUGGUCCCCGCUGAGACUGGGAACUGAGCGUCGCAGAGGCCCGGAUGAGCCCCAGGGUGGAUGGGUGUUGGUGGUGCAGAGCUGCACUACAGGUGUCCGCAGCCAUGGAUGAAACCAGCAAAGCAGCACGAGCUGCACAAUCGUCCCCUUCCUCGUCCCUCCCCUCCUCCCCCCGUCCCUCCCCAUGAAGGACACUGGCCGUGAAGUGAAGACGAGGGUUGGUUCAGAGGGAAAAACAAAAAAAAAAAAAGAGCGCUUCAGGUCUGCUGUGUCCUCGCCCGAGCCCGGCCCACACAUCCACCACCCACCAGUCAGUUGUUGUGUUUGCAGAACUUCUCAAUCCAUUCAAAUACUGUGAUGUAUAGAUGCCUUAAUGUUUUAUUGCAUGACACUCUAGUCUCUUAGCGGCAAUUCCUACUAUUUUUCCAUGUUGGGGGAAGAUGUAAAAUCCUGAUUUACACACAAGCGAAGAGGUCUGCGUACCGACAACCUCUGCCUGGUGGAUGGCUCCGAGGACGGAAGCUCUCCAGCUCAGACCUCUUGAAAAGAGGCUCAACCCCACGUCAAACGAUUCACUGUGUACACCAUAGGAACAAAAAAAAAAAAGAAAAUUGUGAAUUCAGAGUGUUUUCUUCUUCCGUUUUUGAUUUCAGUUUACUGUGAUACGACUCUUUGUUCGGAAAAUGUGUUGACUUUUGCUUAUUCUUUACUGCUACUUACUUUGAGAAUUAAAACACUUACAGUAAGAGUUGAGAACUCUUGAUGCGGUUUUCAAAAAACACUAAAUGUUAGGCUUGAGAUUGGACCCCUCAUUAGAGAAUUUGCAACUCCUUUACAAAAGGAUUUUUUUUUUUUUUUUUAAAAAGCGACGGAGCAUAAGAAAAUCUCGAUAGAGGCAAGUGCAAUUGAAUUUUUGAAGGGAAGCUAUCAGUCUGUCAGCCCUAAGACUCUAAAGGAAGGGGGAUAAACUAAACAUUAAAUGGAUUUAUGGGUAAAAUGUUUGAGAAGACAUUUGAAUUUGAUUUCAGUCACAUAUCCGUCUCCUCACAUGAGCGAAACAUCAAGCGUGAAAGGCAGUUGAAGGCAAGCACGAAGCUACCUGUGCAGCGCUGAGCGAAACCAGCACUUCUGUUGAGCCCUUCCCGUCAUUCGGGGGAGAUUUCUUUUAAUUUAUUUUGGGGGAAAAAAAAAUAACCGAACAUUAGCAAAGAAAUGAGACGCACAUAGUGUGUUCAAAUGGCAUUUCUGUUUUCUUUUUUUUUUUUUUCUCUUCUUCUUUGUAUUAAAUGUUCACGAUAAGAUCACGAGCAUAUGCAUUUGGCCAUCAGCUUCUAAAGCUUAUGUUUACACACAAAAAAAAAAUAUGGAAUGCAAAGUGUUAAUUAAAUGGAAAUGUACAAUUCAUGCAAAUGUACAGUAGGCUUAUGUGUAAAGCUAGUUUGUGCAAGGUUAACUCUGCAGUGGAAGAGGUUGAAAAAGCUGAAAUUAUGAAUCCAGGUGGUGGCAAAUCCCUGAAAUCUAGAAUUGUGCACGGGCAUGUUCACAGCCAUUGCCUCUCCAGUCCAGACGUAUUUAUACAAGGAAAAAAAUCUCUCCAAUACUCUUAAUUUGCACGAUGACAUAUAGUCCACAUUACGUGCCUUGCCUUUGAAUAUAGAGACAUCACUACACUUGUUUUUUGCUGCAUUUAUCAUUAUAGAUAAAAAAAUUAACAUUUUUAUGAUAAGAAUUGUUUUGUACUCUGAAUGAAAUUGUUGAUUUUUAACUUCAUGUACUACUCUAUCUCACAGUUCCAUCGCAUAUCAAGGCUGUGUAUAGUCGCCGUUUUAAAGUUUGUAAUCAACCAGCAUUCUUUUUUUUUUUCUCUCCUCAGUAUUUUGGUGGUUUUUCUAAUAACCUGUCAUCUUUUUGUUUGUUUUUUUGUUUGUUUUUUUCCUUAUUGCUCAUUUUUGUUCAUCUUCCAGUUACUAUUGCGGAGGGUGGAAUUCAGAAUUAUGAAAAAUUAUGCAAUACCAAGUUUUGCCUAUGUAGGUAGUGCUUAUAGAUGCGUCAAUUAUUAGAGGCUAGUUUGGAGAUAGACAAUAUUGUAAUGCAUUUAAUUUGUUGAUAUCGUUGUUUGUCGUUGUUGUUGUUGAUGAUGUUGUUGUUGUUGUGGGUGUUUUUCCUUUUUUAUUGACCAAAGUGGGGACUGCUUUCUAUGCAGUGUAUGACAAGGUCUUUCUUUUCUUUUCCUUUUCUUUCGUUCUUUAGCGUAUCGGCCUACCGAACGACGGUGUUCCAGUGUAUUUUGAAUUCGGGAGUUUUAGUGGGAGGGGCGGUUAUUUUUCUAGAAGUGCUUAUAAAAAAAAAAAAGAAGAAAGAAAGAAAGAAAUGCACCCCUUGGUCUUUGUACGGCUGCAAAGUCACUGAUUGCUCUACUGUGACUCUUACUUUCAACUUUCCACCUGGGGUGCUAGCGCGUGACCUUGAAGGAGCUCAUUUUUUUUUCACAGGAGAGACGGCUUGACUUGAGCGUGACAAUCAUUUUAAGAAAUCAUUCUCGCCUAGAAAAAAAAAGAAAAAAAACCCACCCUGUCGUAAGAAAAGUCCCUUGAAGCUGGACGGAUAGCGAACAACACCAGACGUCACCGAAUGCAACUCCCAAGUAGAUGCCUUAAACACAUCAGCGAAGUGGCCUGUGACCUGCGCAACAAUCACACACCGACUAAUGCUACUGAGACCUGUCCGAAUCAGUUGCAGACAGGCUCAAGCAAGCCUUUAGAAAGUAUUUUAUAAGUAGUAGAUUUGUAUAAAUGUAUAUACGAUGUGCACAUAUGUCAAUUCCUGAGAUACUUCCCCAGCGGAGCCCCGAGCAGUAAACAUUGGACCGUGGUUUUUUUUCUAACUUCCUCUCCAGUGGCCCAGUAGAAGCUUAAAUAGAAUCCACUAGAAGAAAAAUUAUAGCACUUAAAUAGCACAUAGGCAAUCGUCCUCUCCCCCAACGUGCAGUGUGUUCAACCUAGUCUUAAACUAAAUCUCUCAGGCGUAUUCCAGGGCAUUAUUUAUAUCAAUCAUUACCAUUUUUAAUGUAAAAAAAGAAGAUAUUUCCUGACAGAGAGAGCAGCGCCUCCGUAGCUGCCACGACACCUUUUGCACUCUUUCCCUACAAUCGUGAAAGAAUCGCCUCCCCUCGGAGGGAGACGCCACGACGCUCCGGCGCCAGCCGCAGGGUCCAGAAGCAGAAAACCUUCUUUUGAAAAAUAAUCCUCAAGUCAAGCUCCAUCUCUCCGCCUUCACCCAGAUAUCUUAUGCAGAAAAAAAUAGAAGAAGUCACCCCGUUCUAUGUGCACUGUUCUGUCUUUCCUUUGUUCUGUUUAUUAUUUUAUCCUUUUUCCUUCUUCUUUUAAAAGAAAAACUAUAAGUGCUUUGCAGCCUUUGGCCAUUGGAGACCCCACUGAAGUGCAUUGUCCCCUUGUGUGUGUGUGUGUGUGUGUGUGUGUGUGUGUGUGUGUGUGUGUGUGAUACAGAUGUGUCAGGGUCACUGUGCUGUUGGUGUUUAUUUGAAUAGGAGACUGUACAUAAAGGUAAAUAUCCUGAUUGCGUCGAUAGCAGUAGUCUGUGGGGUUGAACUCUGCUUUGGCAGCUUGGGUGUGUACGUGUGUGUGUGUGUGUGUGUGUGUGUGUGUGUGUGAGUGUGAGUGUGUGUGUGUGUGUGUGUGUGUGUGUGUGUGAUCGAGUGCCUCUGACGCGACACACCGAGAGAAGAUGAGAGUCUUUCUAUUGAUUUAAGAAAAGGAAAAACAGCAGCCUGCCGCGGGUCAGGAGUUUGUACACUGUAAACUUUCUCGAGAGUUCUUCUCUUUCGCCCUUAUUUGUAAAUCUUCAAUUCUGGGGAAAAAAAUGAGUCAGUUCCAUUUUAGGAAAAAAAAAAAAAAGAAAGAAAUAUUGGGUUUUUAUUUGUGUCGGAGGCUGGAUUUGAGUUAGAACUCUCCAGAUUUCCCCUGAUCGUAGAAUCUAAAGUGUUUUCAUCAGUUGUUGUGAUCCUGUGCGUGAAAGUCAAGAAACAAAGGAGGAAAUAUUCUAUACAGAUCCAUAAAUAUAAAAAAAAACAACAACAACAACAAUGAAGGCUUUUUUAUUAUGAAUAUUAUUAUUUCUGAUCUUGAUUAGCACUUAGAUAUUUCCAUUUGGGAAAAAAACACUUCAUGAAUCUUUGAAUUGUUGUUCUUUCAUUAGUGUGGCCAUAGCGAGUGUGAUGUGAUUUAUCUCCUUUUUCUUUUCUUUUUGUUUUGUUUUGUUGUGUGAAUUCUUGUCCAACAAGACUCGUGGUGUGAGUGUGUUCCUUGUAGCAGCUGGGAGGUGACGUCACUUCACCAGUAGAGAGAGAAUCGAAAAAUAAAGAUUAAAAAAAGGCCCCAGAUUGCACCUGAAGCGAGAAGCAGGGUAAAAUCUGCAGUGACAAACGUCCUCGAUCAAUCUAUCACAUUUCUUUUACUUCUUUUAUUUUAUUUUUUUCAGGAUUGGUGCUACAGUUCUGUGUAGUUCAGAUCGUCUCGGUUCGUACGCGGACGACUGCUCCUAUAUAUAUAAAAAACAGAAAUCUAUUUGAAGAUCAGCAGCAGCAUCUGGGCAUCACGUCUUUUUUGCACAUUCCACAUGCUGUCAAUGCCUGAUGUGAUGUAGGAAACCCUUCAUUCACACUACAAACAAACAUGACAUUAACUGCAGGUGCUCCAGAGUCGGGUUACUGCACCUUCCAGCUGACGGUGUAUCCAGGCAGGUUGCGUCUUUCUGCUGAAUGUAGCCUGUCAAAAUGAAAGCUCUUGAUAUUUUAAUCAGUGUUCCACCCAUCAGCAGCUGCGGGAGCCGUAUCCCAGGCAGAUUUUGACACUCGCUUUUUUUGUUGUUGUUUUUUUUUUAGCAUUAUGUCACCGCGAUCAUCGAGAAACAGGACGACUUUAUGCAAGGAGGACCUGUGGCACUCAUGCAAUACGUGUGAUUAUUUUUUUCUCCUUCUUUUUCAAACGAAUGUCACGCAUUCUGUAGUCCGACAAGAACGUAGAGGAACUUCAUUUCUUUCAUCCCACACGAGCAAUAUACAGUACACCUUCCAUACGUUGGCUAGCUGCUAGUCACUCGGCAUCAGGUUGUUAUAAAACAUGAGAAACCAGCAUUUUUACAGGAUGUAACAUUCACCAAAAGAAGACAAAAAGAUAGCAAUGCAGUGCCUGUUCAACGCUGUCCAAGUGUCUGUUGUAUAUAAUUGUAAGAUGUGAUAGACUUAACUUUCAUAUGUGACAAGAAAAAAAAAAGAAAAAUUACAAAAAACACACCUUCACGCAGAAGAGAGUGUGGCGAACUCGUCUGGAAAAUAUGCUCGUCAUCACUUCUUCGAUGGAGUUUUUUUUUUUUUGUUUUUACUGAUUUAUUAAUUUUCAAUGCCCACGUCAAGCUUGUUGGAAAAUCUGAGAGGAAAUGUUCACUCUUCUUUUUUUAAUUAUUCUUUUUUUUCUGAGGAGGAGGAGGAGGAGGAGGAGGAGUGGGGCGGGAGGUGUCAGUGCUACGUUAAAUUGCAGUGAAAGGAUCGAAAAAUUAUUUUCUUUUCUCUGAAGAUUCGUCACCGUUUUUUUUUUUUUUUCUCUGCAGGGCUGAUUUAUUUUUGGGUCUUGUGGCACUUUUACUUCCCUCUGCGCACACGUUUCUACUUGAUGAAUCAUGGUGGAAUUAUAUAUAUAUAUAUAUAUAUAUAUAUAUAUAU